CUCCCAUCCUCGCUGCUGUCUGCCUCCAAGCUGACAUCAAUAUCAUUCUCAAGCUAAACACCACCAUCCUUCUUCAACUUGUCGGAUAAGUUCAAACAUGGGUUCAGCAACAACCUCAACCUUGCCUCCGGACUUUCUCUGGGGUUUCGCGACUGCCAGCUAUCAGAUUGAAGGCGCCGUAGCUGAAGACGGCCGUGGCCCAUCCAUCUGGGACACAUUCUGCAAAAUCCCGGGCAAGAUAGCCGGAGGCGCCAACGGAGACAUAGCAUGCGAUUCAUACCACCGUACAGCGGAAGACAUCGCCUUGUUAAAAGAAUGCGGUGCCCAAGCCUACCGCUUUUCAAUCUCAUGGUCGCGCAUCAUCCCCCUGGGAGGUCGCAACGACCCCAUCAACGAAAAGGGAGUGCAGCACUACGUCAAAUUCGUCGACGAUCUCCUAGUAGCGGGAAUCACACCCCUGGUGACACUCUUCCAUUGGGAUCUGCCCGAUGAACUCGACAAGCGCUACGGUGGACUCCUGAACAAGGAGGAAUUCGUAGCGGAUUUCGCACACUACGCUCGAGUCAUGUUCCAGGCCCUGGGCUCAAAAGUCAAGCAUUGGAUUACCUUUAAUGAGCCGUGGUGUAGUAGCGUUCUUGGGUAUAAUGUCGGGCAAUUUGCUCCGGGUCGGACGAGUGAUCGGAGUAAGAGCGCCGAGGGGGAUAGCUCGAGGGAGUGCUGGAUCGUGGGACACAAUAUCCUUGUGGCUCAUGGGGCUGCGGUGAAGAUCUAUCGCGAGGAGUUUAAAGGUAGGGAUGGUGGGGAGAUAGGGAUUACGCUUAACGGAGAUUGGGCCGAGCCCUGGGACCCCGAGAAUCCAGCGGACGUCGAAGCCUGCGACCGCAAGAUCGAAUUCGCCAUCUCAUGGUUCGCCGACCCCAUUUACCACGGAAAGUAUCCAGACAGCAUGAAUAAGCAGCUCGGGGACCGACUCCCCCGCUGGACCGCAGAAGACAUCGCUCUCGUUCACGGCAGCAAUGAUUUCUACGGCAUGAACCACUACUGCGCCAACUACAUCAAAGCCAAAACCGGCGAGGCGGAUCCCGACGAUACCGCUGGGAAUCUGGAGAUCCUGCUUAAGAACAAGAAGGGCGAGUUCAUUGGCCCUGAGACACAGUCUGCAUGGCUGAGACCGUAUGCGCUUGGAUUCCGGAAGCUGUUGAAAUGGCUGAGUGAUCGGUAUGGUCAGCCGAAGAUCUAUGUUACGGAAAAUGGGACGAGCUUGAAGGGCGAGAAUGACUUGCCGGUGGAGGAGCUGCUGAAGGAUGAGUUCCGGACGCAGUAUUUCCGUGAUUAUAUUGCUGCUAUGGCGGAUGCCUAUACGCUGGAUGGGGUCAAUGUGCGGGCUUAUAUGGCUUGGAGUUUGAUGGAUAACUUCGAAUGGGCUGAAGGUUACGAGACCCGGUUUGGGUCGACCUACGUUGACUAUGAGCAUGGCCAGAAGAGGAUUCCGAAGGACAGUGCGAAACAGAUCGGCCAGAUAUUCAGCCAGUAUAUCGAGAAGACAGUAUAAGAGUUUCAGUGCGAGGAGUGCAUCGAUUGUUAUUCAUGCUAUUCAUGGGUACAGCUAAGGGAAUGACAUUUCACGGCCGUUAUGUUGUAGGAAUGUUGAGUUAGUAGGACGCUUUUUAACUCUCUAUCCCGAAUAAGCGUAGUGGAAUAGGCUACUUUGCGAGUCUCAGGGUGAGACCGACUCUGACGUGGGGGUCUACAGCUCUACACACCCCGCGGGGUUUAGGUCCUGAGGACCCUUUCAGAUCAAAAGGGCCCACUCACCUGUAAAACGAGGGUCGGGUCUCCUGUCGUGACUUUAGAGGCUAUAAGAGUGGCAAUGCAGAGCGAAGCGUAAUCGGGGUGCCACGU